AUGUUCCGCAGUGUCCUCCGUGGUCAAAGCCUGCGUGCAGGUGUAGCGGCAAGUGCUGCCGCCGGUGCUGGUGCUGCAGGGCUGGCACUGUGGGCACCUGAAAGGAAGCACGUGGUGCCGACGGUUCGUUGCGAGACCGACCCGGGCACUAUCGGUGCUGCUGUGCUCGGAGGAUUGGCUGCCGGUGCUGCUGGGGGCUACUUCCUUGGCAAACAGCAUGGUGAGGCUGCCUCCGACAGGUACGAGAAAUACUGGCCUCGCAAGAUCAUGAUGUUGUUCGGUGCCCCUGGUGCUGGCAAGGGCACACAGGGACCAAAGAUCGUGGAAACCUUGAAUGUUCCGCAGCUCAGCACUGGUGACAUGCUCCGUGAGGCCGUGGCUGCAGGAACAGAAGUCGGGAAAAAAGCCAAAGAGAUCAUGAGUUCUGGAGGCUUAGUCUCCGAUGAGAUUGUGAUUGGCAUCAUUGCAGACAGGAUCAAAGAGCCGGACUGCAAAGCCGGCUUCAUUCUUGAUGGCUUCCCUAGGACGCUUGCUCAGGCAAAGGCGCUGGACGCCAUGCUGGCCAAGAGUGGGGAGAAUGUGUCGCUCAUUUUGGAGUUCGCUGUAGAUCCGAAGAUGCUAGAAGAGCGCAUCUGCGGACGAUGGAUGCACAAGGCCAGUGGUCGAUCCUACCAUGUGCGCUCCUGCCCGCCAAAGUCAAUGAACCUGGGUCCUAAUGGCAAGCCCUUGCCGGAGUCCAUGAAGGAUGACAUUACCGGAGAACCCUUGUACCAGCGAUCAGAUGACACAGCCGAAGCUCUGAAGACCCGCCUGGAUGCUUACAAGAACCAGACCCUGCCAAUUUUGGAGCACUACAAGGACAAGGGCAUCGUCAAACAAGUUGACGGAGGUCGGGGAAUCACUGAAGUUUGGGCUGAGGUUAGCUCAAAGCUAGCGUCCAAGUAG